AUUAAAUGAAAACCCAGCGGUGAAGUCCCAGUUUUGUUGUUUUUCGGUUCGUCGUCUAUGCUUGCGACGUUUUCCCACUUUGCAUUUCAUCGCAUCAUAUCGCCUUUAUGGCGCCUUUAGAGUUGACCGGGCCCUCGGAGGUGCCUGACAUCCUAACGGGAAUAAUCAUUCCAAUAGUAUUCGCCAGCCUCGUGGUUGUCGGUCGGCUAUACUCUAGAAUAAUUCUGAAAAAUCAAUGGUGGGAUGACGCCUUCAUUCUCCUCGCAUGGAUAUUCGCCGUCACAGUCGUCACCGUCGUCGGUGUCGAAACUAGGUAUGGACUCGGCCACAAGUUCAGCAACAUUCCUCUCCACCUCCGACCGACCGGCAUCCGGCUAUCCUUCGUGACCAUAAGCAGCUAUCAAGUGUCCUUGGUCCUUACGAAGAUCAGCAUUUUGUUCUUCUACCUGCGGAUUUUGAAGUUACCGUACCAACGGAUCCUUGUCUUCAUCACGAUGGGCUGCGUUGUGGUGUACGGUACCGUUUUGUUCCUCCUCACGUUUUUCCUGUGCAACCCCGUAUCCAACGUAUACGAGCUCGACAUUAGAGUGGGACAGUGCCUUGCAUACUACCCGAUCUUGACUGCAUCCGCCGUCCUGCAUACGGCCACCGAUCUAUGGCUGAUUGGGCUGGUACUUCCUCACAUCCUCAAGAUGCAUCUGCCGAUACGACAAAAGAUUGCCCUCGCAUUCGUAUUAACGUUGGGUAUAUUUGUGGCUUGCGCUUCCCUGACGCGCAUGGCGGUAGCCUGGGAAUUCCUCAACCCGAAAUAUGCGCAAUGGGAUUCUUUUAGCUUCGCAAUUUGGACUACACUUGAAUCGAGUUUAGGGCUAGUCUGUGCCUCUGUACCGAUGUUGAAACCUCUGGUUAGGCAACUGAUGGGACGGAAGCCAUCUUCGAAACCCGAAAUUGGGAAGAAUAUCCCUCGGACGAGAGGUCCGGAUCGGCAGAUCGGGUUCGACGAGUACAACUCAAAUGCAACGACAUUAUGGACGAGGAGGACGGGAGACGAGGAUGGGAUAGGCCUCGCCCCUAUAAAAUCGAAUCAACUACCAUCCAGACCACCGACAGCAGUUAUUUCCUCAGAGAGACUGUUAACAACUGUAUAAUAUGCAUCGUCUUAAGGUUGGGAGGGAGGGUCGACGAGCUAUAACGAGAUAUAAUGAGUGAUGAAUACUACGAAACUGACUGUUCCAUACUGAAGCCUUACGAGUGAAGUCAUGUUUUCCGGUGUCGUUAAUGCGGCUUAUAGGUACCCGUCUGGUACCUACCUCUACAUAAUACGACCCAUCAAGUGCGGCGCAUGAUCUGCACUAUGCUAUAUUACUCGCUGGAACUGAGAUGACUGC